UCUCUUUAUCACACCUCGCCCACCUUCGCCAUUUCAAUAGCUCUCUCAAUCCUACAUUCGCAGUAUGAACAUCUCCAGCAUCCUUCAUCUUCAGCCUCCCACCUACGAGCGCAAAAAGCACUAUGAAUUCGGACGCGAUCUUGGCACCGGAACAUAUGGAACAGUCAAGAAGGCAAAGGCUCUCGACCUGGGAAAAGACGUGGCUGUCAAGAUUAUCCUCAAGAAGACCGUAAAGGGUCAUGAGGACAUGGUCGAGAAAGAGAUUAGUGUCCUCAAGAACCUGAGUCAUCCCAACAUCGUUAACUUCUUAGACUGGUUUGAAAGCCGUGACAAGUACUACUUGGUAUUCGACCUUGCCACUGGCGGCGAGUUGUUCGACAGGAUUUGUGAGCAGGGCCGCUUUACUGAGAAUAAUGCUGCCACAAUCAUGAAGGAGGUCAUCGAGGCCAUUGAGUAUCUUCACAGCAAGAAUGUCGUCCACAGAGAUCUUAAGCCCGAAAAUCUGCUUUACGAGGACAACACCCCCGACUCCAAAUUGAUGAUCGUGGAUUUUGGCAUUUCCAAGAUCAUGGACUCGGAAGAUCAAGUCUUAACCACCAUGUGCGGCAGCUACGGAUAUGCUGCUCCUGAAGUGUUGCUUCGCAAGGGUCAUGGAAAGCCAGUCGAUAUGUGGAGCAUUGGUGUUAUCACGUACACUCUUCUUUGCGGCUAUGCGCCUUUUCAAGCUGAGAAUGAUCAACAACUUGUUGCCGAGAUUGCAAGAUGCAACGUUGUUUUCCACGAGCGCUACUGGAGGGAUGUCUCUAUUGAAGCGCGCGACUUCAUCAAAUGUUUGCUCCGCGCUCAUCCCGAGAAGCGACUGACGGCCACGGAGGCACUUCGGCACAAAUGGAUCACAACUGAGACCGGAACCGAUGUGGAUCUCUUGGACAACGUCAAGGAGGGAUUCAACGCAAAGAGAAUGUUCAAGAAAACUGUUCGUGCCGUCGCUGCUGCCAACCGUCUGCGUACGAUGACUCGCACCAGCAUAGACGCCAGCAAAUCCAGCCCUUUGGUAUCCCCUUCGACACUGGAGCAUCAGGAGCAGCAGGAGCAAAAGUCGGUUGCGUAAUAGACGACUGCACAUUAGGCGAAGGAGCGUCUACCGAGAGUUGGGGGAAGGGAACUUCAGUAUAUGCCUGCAAUUUCAGCCUCUCCUGCGUUCCCUGUAAAUAGUACUAUUUAUGUAUUGGUCGUUGGUCGAUUCCGGUGUCUACAAUGAAAUAUAAAGACCCUACUCCAUUUCGAUCAUCAAAUGGUAG